CUUGUACCUCUCAUCACUCACCACUAUGGAUAGUUCAUCAUUCUUCUCUACUCAAAUCAUCGCGCCUCAAUAAACGCUAUACCUUCGACCGACUACCCCGGCGUCGUCAGCCGCUCCCUUUCUCAUGGAUCAUGGAUCCUUUGAUCAAAGAGUGGACACUUUUCCUGGAUCGAUGCCUUGAAGCUCGCCUUUCUCCUGUCUUGUUCGAUGCAACAGCCUCCCAACUAUAUCGAAAGUCUCCUCUGCCGGCCCGCAAGCUUGCUACUCUAUUAUUCAAACCCCGCUCUGCCGCCUCGAAUAGUCUUGAUCCCCGUGUCAUAGUCUAUGCCGAGCGCCUAUUGGCUUCAAAGAGAUUAGAUGCGGCUGAUAUUCUUGCAUCCGCAUUCCAAUUUUCACGGGAUCACCCUCCACGGGCAGGCGACGAUGCUGUACCCACCAAGGAGGAUUCGUCGCGAUGGUUGAACCCCCCGGAAUUGGACGAGAUUGUCUUUCACCGCCUACACAAGGCUUUCUCAACUGGAGAGCGACCUGUUUCCAAUGCGGAGGCCGCGAGGACCCUGAUCGUUGUGUCGAAAUGGAUGUCAGCCAUGGUGACCUCGCAUACGAGCGAUUCAAUGAUUCAAGCCAUGGCCGGUAUUCAGCAGCACCCUCAGCAGCAGUCCCUCAAUGUCCGGGAGGCACUCGGCAUGCUCGUUAUGGCCUUGAUAGAGAAUGUGAAGAUCCUCAACUUAUUAGCUAGUGAGCCUGCUAAAGAUAUACGAAAGCAGUUUGCACAAGCCUUGACUACAUUCGUCUCAUUUCUAUCACAGACUUCGCUGCAGAUUGCAAACAGAAUAGAGAUCUCUCAGAAAGAGCAUGAUUUCCACGACAAACCGACCGCCAAUGCCGACGGUGAUGUUAGUGAAAAUCAUGAACUCGAAGUAGCUGCUUUACAGCUCGGGGCUGUCAUUGAUCUACCAAUGAUGAAUACGCGGGCCGGUCUCUAUGUGUAUCUAAAUUCUCUGCUCGUUGCUCGCCCUCUUACAGACAGCGCUGGUAUUAUCAACUAUUUACAUGCCCGAUACAAGGUUGACUACCAGUCAAUGGCUACAGAUUUAGUAACGGCAUCUUUCGAUGUUCUCGCCAAUGCAAUGUAUCGUAACGAGUCAAGCCAGACGAUGUUUUGUCUCAAGUCAUUCCUUUUCAACAAGGUUCCGCUGCUGUUGGUACAGAUCAAUACAACAGUCUAUCCCAUUGCAGCGGAAAUGUGUAUUACACAAGCGCUCAGUCACGUAGAUCCGACCGCCUUCCCUGCCUUCUCACAGGGAUUUGAUGAUAUGAUGGGAAGCAAUAAUUCUCUCGCAGACGUUCGCCAAGAUUUUCUCAACGCAUGUGCGUUGCACGGAUUGAUACCGACGAACACAAUAGAGCGUUUGCUGGGAGAGACCCCAUUGCAAGGCCCACCUGAAACGAAAUAUACCAAAAAAGAGCUCCUGAGGCAGUGCAAGGAUAAUCUCGACAAGAUAAAUUCGCUCAUUGACGAGAUGGAAAACCUAGAUGGGAAUGCGGGCGCUAUCGCUGGUGCUGUAACUGAAUUUAUAACACACCUAUGUGAAACACAAAUGACUAUGUAUCUGAAAUCCGCCUGCAACACAUUAUCAAGAAAGCCACAAGCACUAGACAUCAUACUACAAUUCAACUCGCCAGAAAGCAUUCUCCGGCCAUUGUGCCAAUUCUUGGAUGAGUGGCGCUACGACGGAGAUCAAGGAGAGUAUCAGCCAGUGUACGACGAGUUCGGCGCGAUUCUCAUCCUUAUCCUGGCGUUCAUCCAUCGAUAUGAUUUGACGUACCACGACCUUGGCAUCGGCCAUGAUUCUUUCGUCGCACAACUCCUUGAGCGCGGGCAUCAUAGCGUAACUCCCGACCAAUUGACAGAACAACAGGGAAAGUAUUUGGGCAGUUGGCUUAAAGAGCUGUACGACUCUGAUAAAGAAGGCCUAAGCAACGAGGUCUUUGCUUCAUGUCGUCCACAAGACUUUUAUUUGAUCGUGCCUACAUUGUUCAGCCAGACAGUGUUAGCCUGCUCUGCUGAUGUUUUAUCUUUGGAUUCUGUCAAGGGGGGGCUAGAGUAUCUCCACGAAACUUUUCUUUUGCCGGCUUUGGUCGGUGGGUUGACGUGGAUGACAUCCCACGCACUCAAGCAGACCCAUCAAGAUCUAGACGUUCUGGUGCAGAUAUUCCACAAACUGAUCCGGUCAGCUCCCACAUCCGGAGAUGCACAAGCCAUGCACUCCACCAUCCUCUCAAUUGUGUCGAGUCGGCUGGAGAAAUGUUUCCGUACUUUGAGGCGGCGCCACCCGAGCCGCACAGACAUCGAGCCGCUCUUACAGGAGAUCAAAAGCAAUCUCAACUACGACCGAACAUUGUAUUCGUCCGUGGCAGAGCUGGAGCAGUGGACCAAUGCGUCACAUGGUACUCUGUAUACGUCUCUGAGGCAUACCGUACAGCAACUUUCCCAAUGGGCCGCAGCGGCGGCACUGCAGUUCAAUCCACCAGGCUACACUCACCGGCUGGUCUAUGCGUCUAUAAGCAUCAUAGGCGCAUCUAAAACCCUUCGCGCUAUCGUAGAUGAGAUCAAGGCGCAGUCGGAAGCCGGCAAUGGCGCCGCUGCCUUGGACAUUGGCGUCUCGAUCAUCUGUGCUCCUACGGUUGAGAACAGUGCGUUGUCUCUUGAGCAGUUGAAUGCAUUGUCAGCUCCACGCACACGCAUGAAUCUUCGCGAGAUGCUGAAGGCAGAAUUCGAUAACGCCUCCAGCCUCAUCUCAACCGAUCUACUUGCUGCAGAGACCAUCGUACGGCUGCACCGUCGUGUUGAAGCACAACUCCUUGUCGCUCAGAGCAAUUUACAAACGUCGCGGAUCGAUCUCACAGAUGUCAGUAUGGUAGAUGUCCAAGGUCAAGAUAUGCCUGAGCUUGCGCCUGAACUCGACAAGGCAUUGAACGAUGCCGCUGCAGCGACGAUGGCUGCAGCGAACGGCGACUUGCAAGCACAGGAUCAGGAAGCCUUGCAGAGGAGUUUGGAUCAACACCUCGACCUGUCCGGCGCCGCUGGUGGGCUCGAUCUGAGUGCGAUGGGUGUCGGCGUCGGUGCACAAGGUGGUGCCGGCGACUUGACGGCAGAUAUGGGAGAUCUGCCUGAUUUGGAUCUUAGCGAUAUGGGAGGAAUGGGAGGCAUGGGCGGGAUGGGAAUGGAUCUUGGGGACGAUGACAAUGAUUGGGGAUUGGAUUUCGAUAACAUGUAAGGAGUAUCGUUGAACGAGCUGGAGCAGCAGCGUGUUCUUUAUCUUUUCGUAUAUAUAGUACCCAAUAUUCGUCAAGUACAUCGUAUUUCAA